AUGCUUACUACAAGAACGUACGCACCCACCAGGAACACUUUGAAUGUUCUUGCUCGCUUUCUUUGGAAGGAUCACAAGUACCUGAAACGUCCCGACAACGAAGCACUCGCUGACGCGUUAAACUUACUAUCGAAGCCAUCAACGAAACCCAAGUACAAACCAUCAUUGUUCAAGUCCUUAGCCGGAGACCCUAUCGAUGAGCAGUUGUCCAAUGUGAAUCGCAGUUUAUACAUAAAGCAGGAGUCACAUGUGAAUGAGCAAUUUGUGAACAACUUGUUGUGGGGUAUAAAGUCGUCCUUAUUGGACCCACAAAUCAACCAUUCACAACUUCUAAACGAUAUGAGCCCCGAUGAGUUGAGUAGUUACAUCAAGAGAAUGAAGAGUGAGGACCAUCUACGAGAGAUUGUGCAACUUUUCCAUAACCACGAUAGAUUGACGUUACCAAUACUAAGGGAGGUUUUAUUGAACAAGUCGUUGAAAAACCUAGACAAUUUCCCAAUUUCAUUGACCAGAUUUGAUGGCAUAACAGGAAUCGAUGAAAAAGCUGCUGUCCACCUAAACAUCAUCAUGCUCAAGAAAUAUUAUGACUUGAACCGACCGCUAGAUAUUAUACGAAACUUGAAGAUGAAUUUCGCCAAAGACUAUCUUCCAUUGAUUGAAUCCCGCAAACUUUCUCCAUUUUAUGAACGAAUUGUGUGGCGCUUUGUGUUUGAAUAUUUGAGACAGUACAAUGAAGAACAUUACAUAAGAUCACUAGAGUCACUUCAUUCCAGUUUUCUCAUUUGGGAGUCCUCGUCAUAUUCCUCAAGCCAGGCAAUUGCUCACAUUGUCCUUGAGAACCACAGCGAGAUGUCUAAGCUUCAAAACUUGUUUUUCAAAAUAGCCAGUUUCACAAGGACUCACGAAGUUCCUAAAUUGAGAAAAAUAUCCAUCAAACACAAGCUAUAUCAAAACCGAGAGGAUAAAAAGCUGCUUUAUGCGGUACUUAGUGAUUUGGAGAGUUUGCUAGUCUCUUCCCAGUCAGAAUACGCAAAGCCAUUGCUUGAGGAGUUGGCUAUGUACAGACUUGAAUUAGUGCAAGAAACUUACUCUACACCUGCCAGUUCUUUUGAGGGUUUAGAGUUGAGCAAAGCAUAA